AUGAAUAGUUCAAACAUAUCUUAUCCAAGUUUUUCAUCAUUAGAUUUAUAUUACCUUUCAAUUGUAUCGAAUAUUUUUCUUUAUGGAUAUAUAAUUAUUAUGAUUAUUGGAUUCACCGGUAAUAUUUUCCAAAUAAUAACAUUUUCACAUAAAACAAUGAGAAAAAUAAGUACUGGUAUACUAUUUCUUGCAUUAAGUAUAUCCGAUACAGUUUAUCUUUUAUUAUCUUUGUACAUUUUAAUUAUUUAUGGUUUUAAUAUUCCUGAUCAAUCAAAUUAUCCAAAACUAUGUCAAUUUCGACAUUAUAUGUACUAUCUUGCAACAAACUUUAGUGCAUGGAUGCUUACUACAAUUUCAUGUGAUCGUUGGAUACGUUCACAAUUUCCUAUUAAAGCUAAACGACUUUGUACACCACGAACAGCUAUUUAUACAAUUAUCAUGGUACUUAUCAUUGAUUGUCUUUUACAUAUUCAUAUCAUUACACCAAUGUUUGGUCAAAUAGCACCUGGAGUAACAACUAUGUGUGGUGCUAAUAGUCGUUAUCCAAAUUAUUCAUAUUUUUAUGAGAAAAUUUGGCCAAUUAUUACUCUUCUUACUAUUACUAUUAUUCCAGCAAGUUCUAUGAUAUUUUUCUUUAUAGCUAUAACAAUUAAUGUACUUACUCAUCAUAAUCGAAUUAUUCCAAUUGGACAAACAAAUGUAAAUCGACGUGAAAAACGACGUGCACGUUUUCUUCAUCGACAAAUGUUAAUACUUAUGCUUGUUACUUGGAUACUUUUUUCUCUUACAACACUUCCUGCUACAUUAUUUCGUUUUGUAAUAUCAACUUUAAAUGUUCAACAAUCAUUUUCUUUUAGUCUUUUAUUAACAUCUAUAUUUGAAUUUAUAACACUAUCAAAUUAUUCAUUAAAUUUUUAUUUACAUUGUUUGACAUCAAAAUUAUUUCGAAAAGAAUUUUUUAAAUGUAUUCCAUGUUCUAUUUCAAUAAAGUUUCGUCGAUCAAAUGAUACUGCUAAUGGAAGUCUUACUCAACAAUAUUUAUCUACUCAACAACAACGUGGAACUGUUACAUAA